AAAAACUUUCCAAUCAAAGUAAGCUCGAACUCGCAAUCGAAAAGAUCUCAUCAUCGUUGUAUUAACAUUGAAAGGUAAAGAUUGUGAAUUAAAGUCAACAAUUUAAAUUUCGUUGGAAACUGUGAAACUUUAAUUGUGGUGAAAACUUUGCGCCAAAUUGUUGAUAAGUUAAUCAUGUUAUCAUUAUAUUAUUUUGCUCUCUGUGUAUCAACAAUUACCAUUGGUUUGUCAACAUCAUCAAUAGAUUACAAUCCAAUCAGUGAUCUGUAUCCCGAAAAUUACGAUAAUUAUCAUCAAUCUAAUCUUAAUCCAAUCAAAAUUAAGCCUCAAUCAUCAGAUCAACAAUUACCUUGGUACAAUAAGCAAAUCAUUAGACCAAUCAUCAGAUACGAAUGGGGUCCUGGACUAACUGGUCUACCUUAUAUGUAUCACCCUGAAGUUCAGAGUUAUCGAACCUCAUCUCGAGGAUCAUCAUCGUCACCUAAUGGUUCUGGUUCAUCGUCAUCAUCAUCAUCAUCAUCAUCAGAUAAAUCGUUAAUUGAUGAUAAACGAUCAUCAGUAUCCGGUGGAAAUGGAAUCGAUAUGAUUUUUGGUAAGAAAAGUGAGAAACCUUUUCGUACUUGGGGUGGAAAAAGAUAAACAAUUAAGAAGAUGGUCACAAUCAAUUAAUAUCUAUUUACACAAUUAACAAUCGUCUCAUUAAAUGCUAAAGAAAAUAAUUAAAUUCUAUUGAUAUCAAAUUGAAAUCAAUGUAAAUUGCGAAACAAAUUAUAACUUAACUGUUUGAUUUUUGCUUCUAUCUCAUUGUCAACAAUUUAAUUUCAUUUUAAAUAAUAAACAAUUAAUCUAA